AUGGUGAAAAAAGCCCUUAUAGCCGCUGAAGCCCGUCUCGCCCGGGCCCUGCGGCGCGUCGGCGAAAAAUUGCAGCGUGGUCAGCGUGCGGGCGCGCGCCUCUUCGCAGGUGAUCAAGCCAUUAGUCCACGCCGACCGGAUGAGGCGGUCAGCGCAGACCCGACAGCGGCGAUCGAGGCGAAGGACGGCGUCGGCCAGCGAUCGGGGCGAGCCCCGUCUCGGCAUCAGUCGUCUCCAAAGAAGCGGAAGGUCCGUUCCUGCAGAUCGCGGAUCAGGUCGGGCUGCACGGCGGGGGAUGAGGCGCGGCAGCGCGACCCGCCCUGCCGAUCCGUGCAUCCGCCAUCAGCGCGGCCGAGCUCAGCCCGCCCGCACCGAUCAAUUGGCGGCGAUCAUACAUGGCGUGUGUCCGUCAUCUCAAGUGAAGUGGGCCCGAGGGUAUCUCCGGCCCGGUCCCCCAGGGAUCAGAAGCGAUAG